UUAUUCAUUUAUUUGGAGUUAUAUAUAUGACUUAGUUUUUUACUUAUAAUUAAACAACAUGUUGUUAAUAAAAGACUACUAGAUGCUGUCAGAAAAAGACCAAAGGAAAUAAAAACAGACUAAAUUAAGAUCGCCACUAGGAGCCGUUAUACUUCUCUGGUCAACGGCUAUAACUAACGGAGGCAUCCGUUAGUCUUUUUAGACGUCGUUAUCUUUCCCGCUAUAAAAAGCCAUUUUCCAUUAGCUUGAUUUCCGGGAAAAUAAUCUCUGUGAAGAAAGUUUCUCUCAUCUUCCCAAGAAUUUUUUUUCUUGGGAGCAAAAACCACAAACUUCUUUUUGCGUCUCUUCUCACCUUCCUCCCGAUUUUUCAGCUCAGAACGAGAAAAAGCUCUCUGUUCACGCCAUAAACAUCGAUUCCCAAUUUUUCCAGGGACUUCAAUUUGGAAUUCGUGCGAGUGGUUUUGAGAAGCACUGAGAUGAGUAAUAAUCACACGGUUGUAUACGUUAAUAGAUUGAUUCGACCGGUUCCGUUACCUCCGGUUCUCGCGGAGGCUGAGAAUAAUAUGAGAUCAGAGUCGCUGGUUGAUAUCUACGACGGGGAUACUACUGAGUGUCGUAUUUGUCAAGAGGAAUGUGAUAUUAAGACUCUUGAGAGUCCAUGUUCUUGCAAUGGCAGCUUAAAGUAUGCUCACAGAAAAUGUGUUCAACGUUGGUGCAAUGAAAAGGGGAACACUAUAUGUGAAAUCUGUCAUCAGCCAUACCAAGCUGGAUAUACCUCACCACCACCUCCACCCCAAUCAGAAGAAACUACUAUUGACAUUGGUGGAGGAUGGAGAAUCUCAGGUUUGGAUUUAGAUGAUCCACGUCUCUUGGCAAUAGCAGAAGCCGAACGUCAGAUUUUAGAAUCGGAGUAUGAUGAUUUUACAGCUUCAGAUACCAAUGGAGCUGCAUUUUUCCGCUCAGCUGCUCUAAUAUUGAUGACUCUUCUUCUAUUGCGACAUGCACUAACUAUACCAGAUUAUGCAGAUGGUGAAGAUGACCCUUCUUCAAUACUUUCUCUUUUCUUACUCCGAGCUGCCAGUUUUCUUCUUCCUUGCUACAUCAUGGCAUCAGCCAUCAGUAUCCUGCACCGCCGUAGACAAAGACAGGAAGCAGCGGCUUUGGCCACUCGGUUUGCGUUGGUGCUCAGCUCAAGGCAACCUAGAGCCGUGAUUAAUUAUUUGUCAAUGGAGCCGUGAUUUAAUAAUAGUUCUACACCAAAAGCUUCAGGUAUAUGCUUUUCAAUGAUUUCAUCAGCAAAUGAUUCAUGAACUGCUGUUAUAAGAGUGGUUUGCAAUAAGUAGAAAGAAGAAUCUCUUCUUGUCACUUCUUGCAGAGCUAUUGAAACUAUCUUUUCUGAUGAAAUCAUUGAAUCAUGUGUGGCGAAAUUAUUAAUCAAGAUUUGAUAUCAACAAGGACCAUCAAAAGAUCUACAUGAUGGUCCUUCUGAAUCGGCUUUCUUACAAACAAGGAGUGUCCUAACUUAGUGCAGAGUUUUUUCUUAUAAGUAUUCGAUUCUAAGAAAGUUUGUGUAUGUAGAUUAAAAGUUUCUGAUUCUGUGGCAUUAAGUUUUUCAAUAACACUCGUUUGGGAGAUGAGCAUUUCACUUUUUUAAGAAAAAAAAAA